CAUCCUCUCCCCAGUUUCAAGAUGGCAGCCAUGAGGCUAUGAAGAAGCGACAAAUAUUUAUGGAAUAAAUAAUGAGAACGGAUGCUAGGUAGCAGCUGUUAGACACAUAUGCUUGUGAUAUGACUGGUGUCAUUAUUGCAAGUGUUGUUUCGAGAGUGAAAUUUACAAGGAAAAAUACGUUGCAUAUCGGUAUGCUGAUUUGCUAAGUUAGCGCUAGCUAACUAAACACAUGAAUUCUGGGGACGACCACAUCUGAUUCGCCAGCUGUCAGCUAAGCAAGUAUAUUGAGCUGUACGCUCAGCUUCACCAUGGCCAUCUCUCAGUUUCGCCUUUUCAAGAUUUGUACAUGGCUUGCAACCUUCCUUUCUUUCUUCAGAAGGUUAAUAUGCAGAUCUGGGAGGUUGCGUAAGCUAAGUGGGGAUCAGAUAUCUCUUCCAACAACGGUUGAUUUUUCAUCAGUACCCAAACCGGCAGAGAUUGAAGAAUGGAGCUCGUGGGAUGAAGAUGGUCCCACAAGUAUCAAGAUCGAGGGCGGUAAUGGCAAUGUGUCACCACAGCCCGGCGAGGAAGUGGAACCAGACUACUUCAAAGACAUGGCUCCCACCAUCAGGAAAACACAGAAAAUUGUACUGAAGAAGAGGGAGCCACUCAACUACUUGGUACCCGAUGGCAGUGCGGGCUUCUCCAGCAGACUGGCAGCCACUCAGGACACCUCCUUCAUUCAGCCAUCUUCUGAGCUUGGAGACAUGGAUACCUGGCAUGAGGACGCCAACGCCUGGGAGGAUGAGUCGUCAGAUGCUGCCUGGGAGGCCGAUUUGGUGCUCAGACAACAGAAGAUGGCUGAGAGAGAAAAGCGUUCCAUGGAGCAGCAGAGGAAGAAGAUGGAGAAGGAGGUUCAAAGGAUGAUGAAGAAGGACCAGAAGAUUGCGGUCAAGCUCUCGUAACAUUUUUUUUAGAGCACUCACCCCGUGAGCCGGAGGGCAAGAAAGGAACACUUAGACAAACCUCAUCACUCUAUCCUCUAGUCAUCUCCACACGAAGAUCAUCUCUACUCCACACAGCGGUCAUUUAAAAUAAAUCUCUGUCCACCAGCCAUCAUUCGAGACAUGGCUUGGCCAGUGUGAUGUUUGUUCAAAGACAGUUGCAUUUAGCUUCCGGAAAGGCACGGCAGUAUACCUGGGAUGUGUUCAUUAGGGCACGCAACGGAAAUGAGCGUUUUUUUUUUUAUUAUCUAACAAGUUCAGGAAGUCACCCCCUGUAUCAGUUCUUUCUUUAUUUUUUGCGACGAAUGAACACUACCCUGAUUUACAGUUGAAGUCGGAAGUUUACAUACACCUUAGUCAAAUACAUUUAAACUCAGGCUUUCACAAUUCCUGACAUUUAAUCCUCGUAAAAAUUCCCUGUCUUAGGUCAGUUAGGAUCACGACUUAAUUUUAAGAAUGUGAAAUGUCAGAAUAAUAGUAGAGAAUUAUUUAUUUCUGCUUUUAUUUUCAUCACAUUCCCAGUGGGUCAGGAGUUUACAUACACUCAAUUAGUAUUUGGUAGCAUUACCUUAAAAUUGUGAGCUGGUGUAACUGAGUCAGGUUUGUAGGCCUCCUUGCUCGCACAUGCUUUUUUUGUUCUGCCCACAAAUGUUCUAUAGGAUUGAGGUCAGAGCUUUGUGAUGGCCACUUCAAUACCUUGACUUUGUUGUCCUUAAGACAUUUUGCCUCAACUUUUGAAGUAUGCUUGGGGUCAUUGUCCAUUUGGAAGACCCAUUUGCGACCAAGCUUUAACUUCCUGACUGAUGUCUUGAGAUGUUGCUUCAUUAUAUCUACAUCAUUUUCCUUCCUCAUAGUGCCAUCUAUUUUGUGAAGUGCACCAGUCCCUUCUGCAGCAAAGCACCCCCACAAUGUGAUGCUGCCACCCCUGUGCUUCACGGUUGGGAUGGUGUUCUUCGGCUUGCAAGCCUCCCCCUUUUUCCUCUCAACAUACCAGAGGACAUUUCUCCAAAAAGUACCGUCUUGCAAACCAUAGUCUGGCAUUUUUAUGGUGGUUUUGGAGCAGUGGCUUCUUCCUUGCUCAUCUGCCUUUCAGGUUAUGUCAGUAUAGGACUCUUUUUUUAUUGUGGAUAUAGAUAGUUAUGUACCGGUUUCCUCCAGCAUCUUCACAAGGUCCUUUGCUGUUGUUCUGGGAUUGAUUUGCACUUUUCCCACCAAAGAACGUUCAUCUCUAGGAGACAGAACACGUCUCCUUCCUGAGCGGUAUGACAGCUGCGUGGUCCCAUGGUGUUUAUACUUACGUACUAUUGUUUGUACGUAUAAACAUGGUACAUUCAGGCGUUUGGAAAUUGCUCCCAAGGAUGAACCAGACUUGUGUUCUUGGCUGAUUUUCUUUUGAUUUUCCCAUGAUAGGAAAUUAUAGGUAGGCCUUGAAAUACAUCCUCGGGUACACCUCCAAUUGACUCAAAUGAUGUCAAUUAGCCUAUCAGAAGCUUCUAAAGCCAUGACAUAAUUUUAUGGAAUUUUCCAACCUAUUUAAAGGCACAGUCAACUUAGUGUAUGUACACUUCUGACCCACUGUAAUUGUGAUGCAGUGAAUUAUAAAUUAAAUAAUCUGUCUGUAAGCAAUUUUUGGACAAAUUACUCCGAACCGACUUGCCAAAACUAUAGUUUGUUAACAAGAAAUUUGUGGAGUGGUUGAAAAACAAGUUUUAUUGACUCCAACCUAAGUGUAUGUAAACUUCCGACUUCAACUGCAAUUGCAGUUUGUGUGACAAUACUUUGAGUCUGAAGGGUUAAAUAAAUACUCUGCAAUGCCCUUUGGCAUUGCCCUAUAUCAAAGACUUGCUAUCAAAUGUCACUCUGGCUAGGUAUGACUCUGGGUUCAGUAAUUUAGAUUUGAGUUACAGAAAACAAACUGUCCAUUUGUAUUUCCCAGGAAUAUGUGUAAAUAUUCUGAUACCUACAGUACAAGCGAACUCUCAAGAGACCUAUUUUUCUGGCAUUGUCUUAUAACAAGAAGGAUGAAGGUGUGUAAUUAAAUGUAAGUCUCACUGUAUAUCAGUUACAUACAUCCCUUUUGUUGCCUUGGUUAUUGUGCUUUUUAAUUAUGUUUCUCGUCGUCUUUGUCCGAAAACACAUUCUCUCAUUGAUGUUGCUUGAUAUUCCUGAUGUACUUUUACUGUAAAGCCUUCAAUAUACUGGAAUUGCACUUUUUAAUUGAAGGCUUAAAAAUACGUUUCAAGCUGAGUGUGUGGACACUGUCAAAGGGAUUUGGGAAUUUAAUUGAGCCAUACUCAAGAGUUGACUGUGGGUUCCUAUGGUAAUCCUGUGGUUACCGAUCUGCCAGGCUCAACAUCUCUGACAUAUUGUUCCUGCUUGUUCUUAUCCCUGCUUUUUAAUACACCAAAAUAGAAGUGACUCCUCUUUAAUGACUUUUGCCUUUGUUAUUAUUGAAUGUGGGUUUUUAUUUUAUUUUACACGUUCAAUGUAGCAUAACACACACAAACUCUGUCUCUGUGUUAUCUGAGACACCUUGGUGAUCAGACUUGGAUGGCCAACUGACAUCCUUGAUCGGUGAUCAUAGCAAAUAAAAAGAUGCAAAGCUCCGUGCUUCCCUCUGUAAUUUGUGGACCGUUAGUAACAGAAUCGGUCAAUAGAUUUCAUAAGUCAAAGCCUUUUAUAUUGACUGGACUAAAUCUGUUACGUAUCAAUAUGGUUUUGGUAUGGUCAAUCGAUGUCGAAUCAAUUGGAGCUUUUUGUGAUGAAAGUGUGCGCUUUUGUGCGAGUUCCCAGCAACCGGUGUAUGAGACUGGAAUGUCAAGCAGAAGGGUCUAGUUGCCAUGGAAACAUAUAUGCAGAGAUGGAGCUGACAUGCAUUUGCAAUUAGACAGACCUGUUGGAUUAGAGUAACUGAUAGUCCCUUUUACACAUUUGUGUUUUCCUUGUUCCGUCACUGGGGUCUUCUGUAUAUAAUAAGGGGACUCUGGCAAAAAUAGUUGUUAUAUAGAAUGUCUAAAUGAACGAUGCCUUUGAUACCGUGGUGAUUUCAUGGUUAUUUUAGGUGGGGCUUUGUGGUAAAUGAGGGAUUAAUUUCUGUUUUUUCAGACUCUUGAUAUCGAUAGUAUUAUAUUACCCAUUGCAUGGAACAUUGGAUCGUGAAGAAAGAGGUUGUUAGCCACAGAGAAUUAUGAAAAUAAUACCGCUGACAAUUGUCCUUUUUGCCUUCUUUGCAAAUACUUCCAAUUGGUAUCAAAGUCAGCAUGAUGGGGAUAUGUGCUUUAUGUUUAUCUUUGUCAAAUGUCUUUUUGCACAUUCCUUAAUUUUCUGUAAUAAAUCUCUGGGUCACUUUUCAAUUGUGUCUGAAUGUUAACCAAUAUUAGAGUCAUGACAGAAACAAAGGUACAAAACCAGUAAAGCAAGUGGAUUUUAAGAUUAAAUCUGCAUUAAAUCACUUUUUGUUUUUUUCAGACUUGUUUGUGAUUGAACAUCAUUUUUAGUAUUGGACUAAAAUGUCCUCCCGAGAUUUCACUCAAGUCAUAUUUCUCUGCACCACCCACGAUUUAUUGCAUUAGGAAGAACUACCAUUCUGAAUAAACCUUUUACGUGCAUGGA